CUCGCUACGUGCCUACCUAAAACUGCACCUGAACCUUCUGAGACGUGACUGACAAACAGCAUCCAGCUUAAGGUGCAAUCCUUCCGUCAUCCGGCAUAAUUGCAUUUGGCGUUUUCUCCGCCCCCGUCUUAGGCAACUUUUACAUAUUAUUCUAAUAUUCUUUGCCUGCCUGUGUUUUUCUUAUCUCAUCCCAUAUUAUUCUACCCAUCCUGUCGACUCAGAAAUCUGCAGCAGGAGUCAUUACGACUUUCGUCCUCGUUGAGGCUCGUUUGCCAUUGUAUUCUUCAUCUUAUUCUCACUUCUCUUCAUUUCGUUUCUUCCCUCCGUUACGACGUAUUCUUUUUUUUCCUCUUCUUGCGCUUCUUGCGGCCACCAUCGUUUCAAUCCCCAUUCGUUCCCACUUUACGUCCCAUAGUGCAUCAUUUUGUUGUUGGUCCGUGGCUGGGAAGGACCGCGCCAGACGAAUAGUUACAACAACCAUAGAAACCUGAACUCGGAGGCUUCAAACGAAAGAAAAAAAUAGAAAGACAAAUUACAACCUAUACGUAGCGAGUUAUAAUUGCAGCCAGAAGUUGACCUCUACUGUGCCGGACUCUCCUUGUAUUUAUUCUUUCUUUUUUAUUAGAACUGGACUGGGCCAAAAGCGUUUAAAACGCCCCCCACCAACCUGACAUCGCCGUCAAAAUGCGUCGCGCUUCGGUGGAUUUGACCGACCCCUCUCGAAACCUCGAGGAAUCAAUAGGCGCCCCGGACUCGACUUCUUUAGACUCCGAUCUAGACAUGACUUUGAUGGCAGAGGAAGAGGACGGCACUAGAAUAUAUACCCCACCUCCACACAUCGCCGCACGCUUUUACCGUCCUAGCCAAACCCGUCGAAAAGACUCGGCCGCCUCGUCGCGUCGUAACUCGAUUUCCUCCGCACACUCACGAUCCUCGCACGGUUUCGGUCAUCAUGGCGGGCCCCAGAGCAAAUACAUUGCCCAACAGUUGCGUCGCGCAUCUAUUCUUGAAGAUCGAAAGGCACGUUUGGCCGAUAGGGCAGCGCACGCUGAAAAGGUGCGCUUGAGGGCGGCUUUAGCGAAGGCUGCCCCUCAGAAAUGUUCCAAUCUCGAAGAACGCGCGUUGGCUGCUGCACAGGCCAGAGAGAAAAACUUGGCCGAAAUUGUAGCUGCAUGUGCCGAAGAGGUCAAGCGGGCCAAAGCAGUGGCGGAGAGCAUGAAAGAAAAGAGGGAGCAGGAACUACGCAAGUUGAAGGCACAAAUGGAAGAGCGACUAGCUGAGGCCGAGAAGAGAAGGGAAGAACUGCGUACUCGACAGGCCGCUAGACGAUCCAGAGGCCAAAGCAUAAUGACUAAGAAGUCUGACUCAGGUAGUCUGCCGGAAGAGGAGGAACAUGAGUCCUCGAGUAUCAGCGAUAUCGUACCCAUGAGCGAGGAUGUGGCGGUAUCCAAAAUUCAAUGGUGGUGGAGAGGAGUAUUGAAGAGAAAGGCGGUGCGCCAGUUCUCUGAACUUGGUCUGAAUAUUGACAGCGUCCGAGAUACGUCUUUUGAGCAGGUGACAGAACUUCUUGCUCAGGAGAAAGUUCUCGUCCUCACGGCGCGGGUCUUGCGUAUAUGCGGCUUACAAGAGGGCGAGGCAGGAUCGGUAGAUGAGAUGACUGCCGUUCGCACCUUUUUGAGUGCAUUCUUGAUUUUAGGCCACCCUACGCAGGUCCUGAGCAAUAAAGACCAUAGGGGAGAACAGGAGCAGGUUGGAUCCUCUCAAGGGCAACCCAUACCUCAUGAUGAUCUAGCUAAUCCACAAUUACAGGAUCUCGUUGCCAAGGCAAGAGAUUUACUGAUCUCGUUCGAGAACAUCCUCUCUCGGUUGACGUCCAUGAACAAUUAUACGACCCCGCCGGCGCUACAACAAGCUUUACCAGAAUCGUAUGCGACAUUCCAUAAUGCUUUCAUAGCAUGGAAGGCCCGUGAUUCAAACGCGUUGGUGGAUGUUAUGCUCCUACAAUUUGUGGAACUCGACGCCAUCCUUCAAACUGUGAAGGAUCGUACUGAGGACGCAGUUACCGACUCUUACCAGCAAAGUAUUAAAGACAAUCAACUAAUGUUGAUGGUCCGAAUCAAGAGACUCGCCGGUGCCGAGAGAGGAAAGAAAAUGAUAUUCGAGGCCGUUAAGCAAGCGAGAAAGGCUAGGGCCGCAAAGAAACCCACAGGUGACAUGAAACCAAGAGUGGCUGAACACUCCCUAAGUAACGAUAAUCCGAUUGGGGGCACUGCGACGGCGGAACAUGUAGUCUCGUCGCAACUGCAGACACUUACACCGCCACCCACACCGAUAAAGGAGAGAGAACCGAAGCAAAAAAGUAUCCCACAUUUAAGCUACCCCCCAAUACUUCCAGACAACCGGGUCAUCGUCCACGAGUUAGCCAUCAAUCGCGAGUAUCGGAUCGAAUAUGAGCAUUUUCAAGAACAACAUAAACUCCGUAUGGAACCUCUUUUCGAGGAUCUCAAAGGCGGCCCAAGGAAUGAGGAGAAGGAGUUCCAUUAUCUUAUCAUAAUGGCGAACUACAUCCGGGACAGACUACAGCAUUUGGUUAAGUCCGGCUCACCCAUGCACACUUUUAUCGGCGAGAUUCUCGACACGGAAGUUGCUCAGCAACAAUUCUUGGCUGGCAGCUUUUCAUACCAGCAAUUCUUCUCGUCAAUGGGCUCUCUCCUCCCCAAGCUCUGUGCGCCGGUUCGUGAUGACGAAGUCAAAGACCUGAUUGAGAAUAAAUUGGUUCAGGGAGAUGUCGUCGACCGUCUUGGAGCGCUUCUCUCAUUUAUCGAUACCAUGCUCUACGAUUAUGCGAACUACAUGUUGCAAGUUGCGGCGCCGAGCCUUGUGGAGCACGCUUCCGCGUACGAAACGAAGAGAUUUGCUGAGGAUAUAGAUGAUGGUACGGUUACGCUAUCUCGCGCAGAAAUUUCGUGGCGCAAUGCACGUAACAAGGUACAUGCAGAGGUCGCACGCCGAGAUCCCGAGGGCAUCAAUCACCCACGCUCUCGACCCACACCAGACAAAAUCUACUGGCAGAUGUUAUUAGACGAAUUUACACAGCCAUCGCCAUCAGAUGAGGCCGUGCCAGAACCACUCGCACUGGAUACGAAACGUCGUGCUCGCAUAGGCCAACAAAUUCUACGUAUUGUCACGGCGGGUGCCAUCCUUUUGCAAUGCAAGAAUAUGCUCAAGCGCGAUGUUCGGGCCCCUUGGAAGACAGAGGCCGGUCGCAUCCUGACUGUUCUUGAAUCGAUGGAUGAUGAGUCAAAGCCGCUUCCUCAGUCUACGGCCGUUCACGGUAUUAUGGCGGCGCUUGAGGCUGGGCGAUCGAUGCCGACGGCCACAAAGACUCAUUUGCAGGCUCUAGUAACAAAAGUUCUUGCCGCCAGCAUGGAAGCGAGGCGCGAAAACACAGACCCAAGAGAACCUGUAUUGAGAUUGCUUCUAACCCGGAUGAGAGGCCACAUUCUGGCUAGAUUGCAAGCUGGUUCUGCAAGUGAGAAGGUCAAGGCUACUAGCACAGCCGGGGAGAAGUUGGCAAGUCUUGGAAUGCCCGAAUUUGUUGAGAAGGUCCGAGAGAUGGUUGAUGAAAUUGCUAAAGUGGGGGCUGUAGAUCGAGAAGCCCACGGCGUAUGGUGGGAGGAGGUCGCAGAGAAGGUGAACAAAGAAGAAGAGUCUGCUGCUACAACAGCAACCGCAUAGGUGCGGUCAACAUCGUCGGCUAGGAAUUGCACUCUAUAAUACUUUGAGCCGCCGGGCAUACAUACAUAUUCAUGGGCUAUGGCUUCAUUGGUUCGGACUCAUUCAUGUAUCAGGUUUCGGUUUUUAUCUGUAGGACAGGCGUUCACAGGGUUUCGGCAUAUGACAUGUUUGAGGAUGAAGGACAGGUUGGACUCUUUUGGAACUGGCUGGACGCUUUCUUGGAAGGAUACCUUUUGCAUCAGCGCAUAUUCUAGUUCGCUGUGAUUGAUUAGUAUCGCUUGGAAGCUCGCUACCUGCCUAUUUUACGUAGGUGUCUAGCUUGUGGUAGAAUAAAUGCUAGCGAUGAAUAUUUCAUGCAUAAGGCACAUCUAUUGGGUUUAGGAUGUAGUAUCGCAGUCAAUACAUGUAUACUGUUUGUUUCGUAA